AUGCUUACGCUCGCCAUUGGAGAUCUAUUCAUCCCUGAAAGAUCUAUAGAUAUACCGCAAAAGUUUAAGAAACUAAUAAGUCCCAAUCCACAGAAUACUCCUUCGAACAGUAAGAUAUCGAAAGUAGUUUGUUUAGGUAAUGUUAUUAAUUCAUUACAGACACUUGAAUUUUUGCAAAAGAUAUCGCCAGAUUUUCAGCUUUUGAAAGGUGAGUUUGACGAUGCGGCCUUAUUAUCUCAACAGCUAAAACUUGUUAUUGAUAGACAACAACAACAACAACAACAACAACAGCAGCAGCAGCAGAAGCAAGAAAAGGAACAAGGUUCAAAACGAUAUAGUGAAAAGGCCAAGGCUAAAAUUCCCAUGUACUACAAAUUUACUCAUGACAAUUUGAAAAUUGGUUUCACAAAUGGAUACCAAAUCAUGCCUAGAGGGGAUCCUUUGGCAUUGAGUGUAUUUGCCAGGGAGUUGGAUGUGGAUAUAUUGGUAUGGGGUGGUACUCAUAGAGUUGAAGUUUAUACAUUAGAUGGUAAAUUCUUUGUUAAUCCUGGAAGUGCCACCGGUGCAUUUAGUUUUGAUUGGCCUGAGUUUGACGAGGAGGAGGCAGAGGAGGAGGCAGAGGAGGCGAAGAAAGAGUCCAAGGACGAGAAGCUUAAUGAAGCUACGAAAACUACGGAUCGGGAAGAGAAAGAAGAGUUGAAGAGAAAUGAGUUGAGCAAAGAGGAGCUGACUAAAGAGGAGCUGACUAAAGAGGAGCUGACUAAAGAGGAACUGAACAAAGAGGAACUGACUAAAGAGGAGCUGAACAAAGAGGAACUGACUAAAGAGGAGCUGACUAAAGAGGAAGAAACACUUAGGCAAAUAUUGUACGAAGUCAAUGAACUCAACACAUCGAUUCCAUCAUUCUGUUUACUCGACACACAAGACUCAACGUGCAUUCUUUACAUCUAUACUCUAUUCAGCAACAAAGUUAAAGUUGAUAAAGUUACAUACAUAAAGGAAUAA